CUUUUGUCUUGAGUUUGGCAAUAACUGUACAGGGAAUCUUUGAAGUUGGUCAGUUCACUGGCCCUCACACCUCUCAUGCAAGACUAACUGAUUCAAAAACUUUUACACACAUUCGUUCUCUCUCAAGAAAGGGAUUACAGAUGACAUGGCAGAAGACACUGUGAAUCCUUUUGAUGCAGCUGUUCCAUCAUCUGGGCGUAGAAAUAAUGGCUUCAUCUUUCAAGGGAUGGACACAGAUGCCUCCGGAUUUGGCCUCCUAAAUACAUCAAGAAGAUAUGUUAAGCUGAUGAAUUUCCAGGAGGAGGUGAGAGCUCUUCGGGAUCUGGAUGGGUUCUUGGAUCAGGCCAGCAUCUUGCUGGAUGAGAAGGCCGCCUCCUUGGACGAAGUGCUGCGGAGAAUGCUGGGCCAUGUGGCUAAGGAUGGCCAGGGCCCCUGCAAUGCUGAGGAGGUCAUGAGUGGCCUGUUCACAGAUGCUGGAGGACAGGAUACCAAUGUUCAUCUGCUGAAUGAGACCAUUCAGGGUGUGACAGCGAUGGACACUGGAGUACGCUACCAGCAGUCCUGGCUCUGUGUUUUCUGUAAUGUGAAAAGUCUUCACAGACGUUGUGUUUGCAUUGCUCGUCUGGAGAGACCACAGAACUGGGGUGUGAACUGCUGUGAGGUCCGCUAUGUUAUCCUAAUCCUUGCACCACCCCGAACAAAAAGUACAAAGACAGCCAUUGAGCUCGGUCGCACAUUUGCCACCUUGUUCUCAGAUAUAUCGUUUAGACAGAAACUUCUGGAAACUAAGACCCAGGAGGAUUUUAAGCAGGAGCUCGUAAUUCAAAGGCAACGGCUCUCCACCACCAUCAAGAAGCCCUCGGUGGAGGAGGAGACCGACCCACACAGCAACAAACCACUCAAGGUGAAAGAUUUCCUAAGAGCUGGUCGUGGCAUUUAUGAAGACCUGUGUCGCAGGCUCCCAUUGUACAUAUCAGACUUCACAGAUGGUAUUCUGGGCACUAACAGGUCUCUGCUCAAGUACACCACCACGGCCAUUUUCCUCUACAUCGCCAUGCUUCUGCCUGCUAUUGCAUUUGGCUCUCUGAAUGAGGAGAGCACACGAGGAGAGAUAGAUGUACAGAAAACCAUUAUUGGUCAGAGCAUUGGAGGAGUGAUCUACUCUUUGUUUGCUGGGUCUCCUAUGGUUAUUCCUCUCACCACAGCACCUCUCGCCAUCUUCAUCAGCGUGAUCAGAGGGAUCUGUGACGACUAUGAUCUUGAUUUUCCUGCAUUUUAUACCUGCAUUGGCCUCUGGAAUAGUUUGUUCCUCAUCCUGGGGGGGAUCUUUAAUAUCAGUCUGUUCAUGAAGCUUUUUAAACGCUCCACAGAGGAAGUGUUUGCUUUGUUCAUCUCCAUUGCCUUUGUGGGUGACGCUGUGAAAGGCACAGUAAACAUAUUUCAUAAGUAUUAUCAUGGCCCUAUACUAGUCAAUGGAAGCAUAGAGGCACAACACCGUCUGGAUGUAAUAGUUCAUGAGAAAAAGAACGGAACGCAGACCGUAGGUGUCUCAUUGCCUGCAACCAUCGUUCUGUGCACCAGGGAGCGCCCUAUUCUAUGCCUGCUUCUGAUGCUGGGAUCACUUUGGCUGGGAUAUGCUCUCUUUCUCAUGAAGAGAAGCCCAUUCCUGCAUGCUAAAGUCAGGGAAGUGGUAUCUGACUGCGCAUUGCCAAUAUCUGUGGUCAUAUUCUCCUUCGUGGGCUCCUACCUUUUCAGUGACAUUCAGCUUCCAGUAUUCAACUACCAGAAUGGAACCAUUUUCAAAGUGGCACCACUCUGCCAUCUGACGGGGAUGAACAUAUUAAGCGCAUGUGGUCUCGGCUUCCUCCUCGCCUUGCUCAUCUUCAUUGACCAGAACAUUGUUGGGUCCCUCACCAAUGCCCCUGAGAACAGACUGCUAAAGGGAACGGCGUACCACUGGGACCUGAUGCUCACUGGACUUAUCAACAUCCUGUUGUCAGUACUGGGGUUACCAUGGAUGCACGCAGCUUUCCCUCACUCCACACUGCAUGUUCGUCAGCUGGCGCAGGUGGAACAGCGAGUGGAAGGGGGGCACCUCUAUGAAACGAUAGUUAGCGUGAAGGAGACACGACUGACAUCACUGGCUGCGAACAUUCUGAUAGGGUUAUCAGUGUUUCUGCUGCCGGUCCCUCUGCAGUGGAUACCCAAGCCUGUUCUCUACGGCCUCUUCUUGUACAUCGCUCUUACAUCUAUCGAUGGAAACCAGAUGUGUGAUCGAAUGGCCCUUCUGCUCAAAGAACAAACGUCUUAUCCCCCCACUCACUACAUCCGCAGAGUGCCACAGAGAAAGGUGCAUUACUUCACAGGCCUUCAGAUAGUACAGCUCAUCAUUCUGUGUGCGUUUGGGAUGUAUCCUCUGCCGUACAUGAAGAUGAUCUUCCCUUUGGUCAUGAUCUUGCUUAUUCCAGUGCGAAAAUACCUUCUGCCUAAGAUCAUUGAAGCAAAGUACUUGGACAUCAUUGAUUCUCAACACAUGUGAAGAAUCAACAGCACCAAAAAAGGGUUUCAAAUGCAAUAGACAUGCAUUUCAUUGAUAUGUACCUUGAUAGACAAUGUUGCUAAAUACAUCAAAUGUAAUACCAAGGUGAGACUUUUACAGGUGCUAAUGACACUUGUAUUUGGUUGUGAUCCUUUAUGUAUUUUAUAUAUCUGCAUUGAGCCAUCAUCUCUGUUAAUCUGUAUUUUUAUUUAUGUAGUGGAAUCAUACAUUCUUGAUUUCCUGUGAUGAUACAUUGAAUUGUUUUCUUGGUAUUAGUUACCUGGUAGUCCAUAUUUCUAUUUUGUUGAUGUUUUCUGAAAUUGAGAACUCAGAACAAGCUGAUCAUACAAUGCAGAAGAUCCAUAGCAUAAUUUGAUUCAUAGCCAUUGAUUUUUUUGUUACCUUCCUCAAAUGUUUCACCAUGACAGGUUUCAUGAAUUUCUUUUCUUUGCCUUUUGAUUCAUAAUAUCCAUUAGACAGAUAAAAACAUUUGAACCAUUCAGUAUGGUUACAUGUAAGCCCCCAAAAGCAAUUAUGUAACUUAUAAUUUAUGUUAUUUUCUUAAUAAUAAAUGAAUCAUAUCUG